AAAAAAACAAAAACUACAGCAACAAAACCAACAACUACAGCACCAAAACCAACAACUACAGCAUCAAAACCAGCAACUACAGCACCUAAAGAAGUCUCAAACGUGUCAUGUGACUUUGAGAGUGGCCCGUGUAUUUGGGUGAACAAGAUUUGUUUCGGGUUCAACGUCACUGGCUCACAAAGUGUUGGAGAGUCUUGGAGUGUCGGAAACGUCUCUGGACUCUCUGCACUUGUUCCUCAUGACGAUAACACAUACUCCGGUAAUGAAAUGUUCUGUUGACAUUAUUCUAUUAGCCGCUUCUCUGUUAUGAUAAUGGCAUUCAUGAUAAAGGUUUAUUUCUUUACUAGCCAGUAACACACAAAAAGAAGAAAAUACGCACUUCACUUGCUUAAGAACAAGGUAGUCCGGCCAUUGAGCUUUUUUUUUUUAGAGUAACGUUUUCAUCUACUAUAGAAAUUAUUUUUUGUUAAAAACAGCAGACACUUUUUAAAUUAUUUACCAAAAAAUUCAACUUAUGUCCGAAAUACAGCGAUAGGUAUAUGACUUCCAUAUUCUAUUCUAAGAACUCGUUUUAAAAAUGAAUUAUUGAAAGAUGGGAUCCUUGAAUUCUGGAACUGGGUCUUUUUGCCUGGAGCUGGAGUUGGGAAAAGUUGUUACUGCUCCAAGCUCUAAGCAAAAAGAAAAUUUAAACAAUACACAAAUUUAUGAGUUAUAUUUAAUUUUUUUUUAAAUUUAUUAAAAUAUAUGCACCCCUUUAACCAGAUAUUUUGCCACCACUCUUCUUCAGUUACGUUGCCCCACCCUUCUACCAGCUAUGCUCCCCCCCCCCCUUUAAUUAUUUUACCAGCUACAGGCUAAGUUGUGAAAAUAUGUCAAUUGUGGAGUUAAUUUCCCCGAAAAAGCUAGACAAGCAAGAACACCACCAUCACCCAGGGUGGAUGGGACCCCCCCUCUAACCUUGGAAUGUCAACUCAUAUAAGAGAAGGCAAGCUCUGAAGUCAGAUCUGGAGAUGGAGUCCCGAAUGUAGAAUGACAUUGGUUCAAUGAAAUUCCGACAAAUUCUGCGACGCGGAACGCAAAUAGAUCACAGUGAGAAAUAAAAAAAACAACUGCUGGUCAUCCAUUGCAUCCUAGUAUAUCUGCAAGUCGUCUUGACUGAGUCUUGUCAUUGUAUAAAAAAGGCAAGGACCAGACAGUGUGACAUUUAGCACCUCUUCCUCACCUUAAACAAAAUGCAGCUCAAGUCUUCGCAUGUGAAGGAGGAAUACAUAUCUAUAUAUAUAUAUAUAAAUACAAUCUGUGUUGCCCCCACUCGUCUCACAGCUCUCUUCUUCGAAUCGUCUAACAGUUAUGUUGCUCUCAGUGUUUCUUUCAGAUAUUUUUUUCCGCAAGAGGGGGGGGGGGCAUCUCUAAUACAUAAUUAAGAAGAAGGGUAAGUGGCAAAAAACAAACACUUUUCUUUAGACGCUUAUUACCCCAUCAACCCCCCCCCCUUUUUGCCAGAUAAAAAGUAUAGGCUAACCUUGAUCCUCUUAAUGCGUUAUAUUUUAAGUAAUUUCAGCGAUUUAACUGCACAAUAAUAGUGUUAACAAUUUAAGCACGUUGUUAGAAAGAGAACCAAGUGACUAGCUUUGUACCGAAGGACAGAUUACCAAUAAAUUGGCAAGAAGGCCAAUUAGACUUACUACCGUUUGUCUGCACAUUAAUCAGCGCAAACCUAUUAUUCGAUCUCAAAUUAGUUGGUGUCUUUCAUUUUGCUAGAGCUGUGAGUUAAGUUGGACCUUGGCCAAAUCUCCACUUAAAACUAAGAUAUCUAAAAAUUGCAGAGUGCUUGAUGAUUUCUAUGGGCACACAAAAUAUCACUUUCGUUAUGUCAACAUACAAUUUCAGUUGCAUGAAACUGCUGCAAAUACUUAGAAAAAUACUAACAUUAUUUAUUUUCUCUUACAUCGUCAGGCGAGGGUCCAGGCACGGGACAUUAUAUAUAUGCAUUGGCCAGUGAACUUCUGUCGGAAGUAGUAGAUGUAGCAUGUCUUUCUACGCCAAACAUCAGUCUUUCGGAAAAAGUUAACUUGAGCUUCUGGUACUUCAUCAACGGAACAAAUCAUGGCAAUCUGAGUCUGUUGAAAGUCAAUGCCAACAAAGAAGUGAAGACUCUGUGGUCAGCUGACGGAUCUUUGGAACCCUCUUGGAGCCAGGCGACAUUAUGGUUGGACAGAGAAGAAGAUUUCAUGGUGAGAUAUGUAAUAUUUCAAGAAGAAACAUUUUAUUGAAAAGUAAUUACUUGAAUCGUGAGCUAUGCCUGUAUUAAUUUUCAGCGUGGUUGUUAGAUUUGGGAGUUAAAAAAGGGGGGGGGUAUACAUAAAUGAGUCAUUUGCAAUAACUUUUACCUACAUUUUUUUCAAACCUUUUCAUUCUUCAUUUAAAAAUUAAAUUUAUUAAAUUUUCGAAAAUAUUUUUUAAUAUUGCAAAUAUAAGUUAUAAAUGUUUAAGUCUUAGUGAACUCAUUCUUUACUUAGUGAACUCAUUGUUUACUUAUUGAACUCAUUCUUUACUUAGUGAACUCAUUCUUUACUUAGUGAACUCAUUCUUUACUUAGUGAACUCAUUGUUUACUUAGUGAACUCAUUGUUUACUUAGUGAACUCAUUGUUUACUUAUUGAACUCAUUCUUUACUUAGUGAACUCAUUGUUUACUUAGUGAACUCAUUCUUUACUUAGUGAACUCAUUGUUUACUUAGUGAACUCAUUGUUUACUUAGUGAACUCAUUGUUUACUUAGUGAACUCAUUCUUUACUUAGUGAACUCAUUGUUUACUUAGUGAACUCAUUGUUUACUUAGUGAACUCAUUGUUUACUUAUUGAACUCAUUGUUUACUUAGUGAACUCAUUCUUUACUUAGUGAACUCAUUGUUUACUUAUUGAACUCAUUCUUUACUUAGUGAACUCAUUGUUUACUUAGUGAACUCAUUCUUUACUUAGUGAACUCAUUGUUUACUUAGUGAACUCAUUGUUUACUUAGUGAACUCAUUGUUUACUUAGUGAACUCAUUCUUUACUUAGUGAACUCAUUGUUUACUUAGUGAACUCAUUGUUUACUUAGUGAACUCAUUCUUUACUUAGUGAACUCAUUGUUUACUUAUUGAACUCAUUCUUUACUUAGUGAACUCAUUCUUUACUUAGUGAACUCAUUGUUUACUUAGUGAACUCAUUCUUUACUUAGUGAACUCAUUCUUUACUUAGUGAACUCAUUGUUUACUUAUUGAACUCAUUCUUUACUUAGUGAACUCAUUGUUUACUUAGUGAACUCAUUCUUUACUUAGUGAACUCAUUGUUUACUUAGUGAACUCAUUGUUUACUUAGUGAACUCAUUCUUUACUUAGUGAACUCAUUCUUUACUUAGUGAACUCAUUCUUUACUUAGUGAACUCAUUCUUUACUUAGUGAACUCAUUCUUUACUUAGUGAACUCAUUCUUUACUUAGUGAACUCAUUGUUUACUUAGUGAACUCAUUCUUUACUUAGUGAACUCAUUGUUUACUUAGUGAGCGCAUUGUUUAUUUUGUGAACUCACUGUUUACUUAGUGAACUCAUUGUUUCCUUUGUUAACUCAUUGUUUACUUAGUGAACUCAUUGUUUACUUAAUGAGCGCAUUGUUUAUUUUGUUAACUCAUUGUUUACUUAGUGAACGCAUUGUUUACUUAGUGAACGCAUUGUUUACUUUGUUAACUCAUUGUUUACUUAGUGAACGCAUUGUUUACUUAGUGAACGCAUUGUUUACUUUGUUAACUCAUUGUUUACUUAGUGAACGCAUUGUUUCCUUUGUUAACUCAUUGUUUACUUAGUGAACUCAUUGUUUCCUUUGUUAAGUCAUUGUCUACUUAGUGAAGUCAUUGUUUACUUUGUUAACGUAUUGUUUACUUAGGAAAUUCAUUAUUUACUUUGUGAACUCAUUGUUUACUUUGUGAACUCAUCGUUUACUUCGUGAACUCAUAAUUAGGGGUCAUCCAUUAAUUACGUCAACAAUUUUUAAUCAAUUUUUGACCCCCUUCCCCCUCCCCUUUACAACAACUGUCAAACUUUUUUUUAUUAUGUAAACAUUUUCUACCCCCCCCCCCCCCCCCCAAAAAAAAAAGGAAUUAUAAUAUAAAUAAAUUUAUAAAUGUAUUUUAUUUUGUGCUGAUAUAUUUCAAUGACACAAAUUUGUAGGAAAAACAUCUCAUUACAUCUUUAGCGUGUUAAUCAGCAAGUUAAACAGUUUUUACACUUAUAACCAAUUGAAAGGUUGUUAAAGACUUAAUAUCAUUGUUUGUGGUAUUAAUAUGAAUAUUGUCAGUAAAGCUGACAAUUAUAGUAUAGUUUCUAGCAGCUAUCAUUUUUCGAUGGAGUAGCCAGGUCAUCUCUAAAAUAACAAUGGACAUCAGGGACAUCAUUGGGGUUGGGCGUUUGCUGCCCCCCCCCCCCCGAAUUUGCAUGUUUUAAAAAUGUACUAUGUACUGUGGCGCCUCAAGUAAUAAACAACUUAACAAGCUGAUUAAUCAUUGUCAUCUUGCGGCACUGAUAUACCAGACAAGUCUCAUCUAACCAUUCAGGACUUAAAAUAGAAGCCUUGUCGGUGUGAGCAAUAAUUGCCAUACGCUCUCUCUCUCUCUCUCUCUGUUUCUCUCUAUCUCCUUGCAGCUAUUCGCUUUGGUCGAAUCCUUUUUUUUUUGUUGAGGAGCAGGUGCUAAUUUCUUAUGCUCAAGAAGAGGGCAUUGUCGGUGCUGUUGAACAUGCUUUUUCAACAUGGCUUGUGAUGCAAAAUAGAUGUUACAGAUUUUGCAAAUCCAUUCAAGCACCGAUGCUAUUAUAAUUACAGACUUUACAUUCACCUAAUUCUCAAAAUAUUGUAUUCCUACUCUAUCAAUAUCAUUUAUCUUGACUGGACAUGAAAAUUGAACCUUGUCCUUGUUCUAUACCUGCAACAGAAUCUACAGGUGAAGAGAGGCCAACGUUUGACUUCUCUUGCACUAACAAAGUGUGCUAACAUUCUGACCAGCCAUCUGCACAGCACAGACACACAUUAAAUAUAUAUUAUAUUGUUAAAAACCUAAAAAUUAUAUAACUAUUUACACUCAUUUACAAUUAUACAUUUUUUUAAUAUAAUGUAAUAACCAGUCAAUUUUUAAGAUUAAAAUGUUAAUAGAGAAUACAAGAUAAAUGACGUCAACUAAUCUAAACCCCCCUCCCUCCCCUUGUCAACAACUUUCAAACAUUUUCAACCCCCCCCCCUCUUUCCCUACUUCGUUGACGUAAUUAAUGGACGGCCCUUACUGAACUAUUUGUUUACUUAGUGAACUCAUUGUUUACUUAGUGAACUCAUUGUUUACUUAGUGAACUCAUUAUUUACGUAGUGAACUCAUUGUUUACUUAUUGAACUCAUUGUUUACUUAGUGAACUCAUUGUUUACUUAGUGAACUCAUUGUUUACUUAGUGAACUCAUUGUUUACUUAGUGAACUCAUUGUUUACUUAGUGAACUCAUUGUUUACUUAGUGAACUCAUUGUUUACUUAGUGAACUCAUUGUUUACUUAGUGAACUCAUUGUUUACUUAGUGAACUCAUUGUUUACUUAGUGAACUCAUUGUUUACUUAGUGAACUCAUUGUUUACUUAGUGUGUUCAUUGUUUACUUAGUGAACUCAUUGUUUACUUAGUGAACUCAUUGUUUACUUAGUGAACUCAUUGUUUACUUAGUGAACUCAUUGUUUACUUUGUUAACUCAUUGUUUACUUAGUGAACUCAUUGUUUACUUAGUGAACUCAUUCUUUACUUACUGAACUCAUUGUUUACUUAGUGAACUCAUUGUUUACUUAGUGAACUCAUUGUUUUAGAUAGUGUUUCCAGAAUGUUAUCGUUUGAUAACCCCACUGAAUAUUUACAUAAAGAUUGAUGUUAUUAGAAUACCAUUAAAAUGAGACAUUGCAGAAUCUAUUCCUAAGUAAAUAUUUAAUCCAAUGGUUGGUUGCACGUUCAGAACUUAAAACUUUUUAAAAAGCUUUGAAUUCAAGACUAACUUGGUUUUAUGUUGAAAUAUUUGUUUCGCGUCAUUGUGUUGAUAUGAAGAAGCAUUGAAAAUGAACUCUUCUGGAUUUACAUGGAAUAGAAAUUAGUUUUGAUACGUGAGCACAGUGAUAUAAGAAAUGAUUGAUCUGGAGCAAUUUUAAACAUCAAACAAGUUAUCAAACCAGGCAACACAUUGUUCAGAUCAAGAAUACAUCAAGAGAACGAGGGCGACACGUAAAAAUACAGUUUUAAAAGAUUAAGACAUCCUUGUCAAUCACUUAAUGAGGUCAAAAGUUUCACCUACCUUCGUAUCACAGUCACCAAACGUCAAACAACGAGGAGAGACUCCAUUUUCGCAGAUCCAGUUCAACAUUCGGAAGACUGUCAGAGAGUUCAGUAGAGUAGGGAUUAGGAGAGGCAGCAGCUGCAGAAUAAACGAAGUCUUCAAGUCACGUGUGCAUCCUAGGCUUCUGAAUACUUGACAAUUAUAGACAGACUACCAACUUUUUUGACAAAUAUGGACAGUCUACCAACUAUCUUGACAAAUAUGGACAGUCUCCCAACUAUAACUAUCUUGACAAAAUUAAAUAUGGACAGCCUAUCAACUAGCUUGACAAGUCAGGACGUCUACAAACGCUACGCAGUGACCUAAACCAUUACCAAACAAAAAACUAGUUUUCCGAUAUUAAUGCAUGUACCUCGUAGUGUUGCAUGUACCUCGUAGUGUUGCAUGUACCUCGUAGUGUUGCAUGUACCUCGUAGUGUUGCAUGUACCUCGUAGUGUUGCAUGUAUCUCGUAGUGUUGCAUGUACCUCGUAGUGUUGCAUGUACCUCGUAGUGUUGCAUAACCCAAUAUACAACUUUGUGGGCCCUGAUGGUAUCGCCCACGUAAAGUUACCUGUACUCAAAUAGUGAUGACACUGUUUUGAAUGUGCCCAAGCAGUGUUGCAUGAACUCGGGUAAUGUUGCAUGUACUCACGUAGUGUUGCAUGUAUUCAGAUAGUGUUGCAUGUACUCAAGUACAGUGUAUGGCAAGUACUCAGCGGUAGUGUUGAUUAUAAUCAAGUAGUGUUGCAUUUACCCAUGUAGUGUACCAUGUAACCAGAUAGUAUUGUAUUGCUUAUCUCCAAAUGCUGUUACAAUAUGAUAAAACCUACUUCAAUAUUUCUAGCAAUUGUUAAAUCCAAUGUUUGAUUAAGAGAAAACGUUUCUAUCAAAGGAAACCAUUUUGAAUGCAUAUUUCCCAGCUUGAAUUUCUGAAUGAUGGAGGAUCUUUUACUGCCCUUGAUGACAUCACGAUCCGCAGGGACUCCACGGGUAAGACGGUGAUUGUUUUAAUAACUUGAGAACUUUUUAAAGGGUACACGUUUAUUUGCUUUAUUUCAGCAGAUUCUUAAACUUUGGGAGUUUUAUACCGCUAAAAUAAGCAAACUUGUUUCCAGAGUUUUGAUAGUUCUCUACCGACUCUAGUCCUUUCAGCUGGGCAGUGCUUCUACCUGUGUUAGGCUAGUCCUUUCAGCUGGGCAGUGCUUCUACCUGUGUUUGGCUAUUCCUUUCAGCUGGGCAGUGCUUCUACCUGUGUUAGGCUAGUCCUUUCAGCUGGGCAAUGCUUCUACCUGUGUUAGGCUAGACCUUUCAGCUGGGCAGUGCUUCUACCUGUGUUAGGCUAGUCCUUUCAGCUGGGCAGUGCUUCUACCUGUGUUAGGCUAGUCCUUUCAGCUGGGCAGUGCUUCUACCUGUGUUAGGCUAGUCCUUUCAGCUGGGCAGUGCUUCUACCUGUGUUAGGCUAGUCCCUUCGGCUGGGCAGUGCUACCACCUGUGUUAGGCUCUUAAGUUAGGCAGUGCUACCACCUGUGUUAGGCUAGUCACUUCCACUGGGCAGUGCUACCACCUGUAUUAGGCUAGUCCCUUAAGCUAAAAAUGACAUUCAUUUUCGACGGGUAACUACAGCUAGUACAAUCCAAAGUUAUCAAUAAAUUUCUUUGCCUUUUUCUUGGAAAUCUUUAACAGAUUAUGAAACAACGACAAGUCUUCCAGCAUCUUCCAACCCAAAUCUACACUCAACAUCACCACAGAACGUUACAGUCACCGGAAGGACCACCACUUUCUCAUCACCUACUUCCAGAGCCCCCAACGACACGACACAGAAAGCUACAACAGGUGUGGCGAAGAAUGACGCCAAUAAAGGACUAAGCCAGACUACAGAAACAGCUCUCAUCGCGUCAUUUUCUGUCAUCGGUGGCAUCCUUCUGGUCGUCGUGCUGGCUGCUUUCCUGGUGAAAUGUCGUCGAUCGAGACACCGUCAUAGUGGUAGUGUCUAUCUAACAGAUGACUCUGUUUCUUACAAGAGUGUAAUCAGUGGUGGGUACCUCAUGCAAGAUGUUGAAAAGACCCAGCUUGCCUGAUUGCCACUCAAGAACACGAACUCUUACACGACUAAUUUUUUAGUGUUUUAGCUCCGAAUGUGAUGUGUGUGUUGUGGUGUUAAUUAAACACAAGCAUUUAGGUAGGCCUGGUUUAAACACAAGCAUUUAGGUAGGCCUGGUUUAAACACAAGCAUUUAGGUAGGCCUGGUUUAAACACAAGCAUUUAGGUAGGCCUGGUUUAAACACAAGCAUUUAGGUAGGCCUGGUUUAAACACAAGCAUUUAGGUAGGCCUGGUUUGUUUUCAAUUAUUCCUAGGAUAUUACUUGAGGUUUUCGCGAAGAUCCACGUGUAUGAUGAUUAAGGAAACGACUAUUUGGGGAUACGAGUUAGAAGCGCAAUGUCUCAUUAAUUAGUUUCUGUCAAAAUGGUGAAUGGAAUUAAAGUGCGAAG